GAACUUCAGUUUCAUGGGGAAAUACUGGCUGAUUAUUUUUUUAGCAGAUAAAUAGUCAUGAAACACUAUGUGAGCUCCUCCCACUUUUAGUCAGGGAAAGCACCAGCAUAUACUGCUUUCCAUUGCUCAGGGCUGGCUCAUUCUUGGUGUGAGGAGCUCAGGAAUUCUGAUAGUCGUUUUUUUUUCCUUUUAAAUUCUGCUACUGCUAUUCUGUUUUCAGUUGUCUCAACUCCAAGAAGCAACAUGGAAACAACAAAUUGCCUGGAGAAGAAGAGUCCCAAAGAAAAGAACUGUAGAUGCUAUUGGAUAGUCUGUAUUUUGAUUUCUCUCUUUCUUUUGACACUGGUUUUGGUCCUGUUUUGCAUAGUCUGCUGUUUUACCCAUCCUGCGCAGACUUCUGACAUCUGCUGGGUUCAUGCAACUUGGCCUUCAAAUUCCACUGGCAUCGUUCGCUGGAAAUGGAACAUGACAAACUGCAGUAAUUCAGUGCAGAACAUCACUGAGAAUAAUCAUGAUAUGUUGGAGAUCCUGCAGGAUGGCUUGUACUUUGUGUACAGUUCAGUGCACCGUCUCAAUAGUAUUGAUGAUGACAAUUUUACGAUAAUGCUGCACAGUAAGAAUUACUUGCUUGACAAGGUUACUGGGCCAAAAGGUGGAGACACAUCUUCCACAAUCAGUUUUGGAAGACCACAUCUCUUGAAGAAGGGGGAAAGGCUGUACCUUUUAUUCAAUAACAAUUUGAUGUACAUCUCAAGAAAUAUAACUUACUGGGGGCUGUUCAGAAUGCACUAGGGUUCCACUCUUGAGUGGCUCCUGCCACGCUCCAAGGAACUUGCCGUUUUUCUCCAUAUCAAACCCAAGAAUAAAGCAGAGGUUUUUCUAGCAGUCCUCUACUCAUCUUGUCAAGGUGACUAAAACAGGCACUCAGUAAAGACAUGGCUUUGUGAUACCGGUAACAAUGAUGGAUAUUGUCCAAUUGUCACCAGAAAUGAAAACAGACAAUUCUGGAACAACAUCGUGAAUGCAGGAAUGAAACAUCUUGAUACAGGCGAGGUGCCAGUCAGAAAGUCUUGGGAAAAAAUAGUCACUACAUCCUGCUGUAGUGCAGAGUAUAUUAACAUUUCUGAGCUAUAGUAAAGUCCUGCUGUAUAACUGGCUGCAUUUUAGAGGUGAAGAAGAGCUAUCACCAUUGAUACAUUUUGUGAAGUGACUUGGGGAUCCUUUUGGUGUAAGCUGCUGUAUAUAAGCUUGCCACAAAGAGUCCUGUCUAGGGACCAAACAAUUUAAAGCUAAAUUGGGAUUGAGGGACAAUUCCUAAAUCACCUAGGACUUAAAUACAGCUUCUUUACUUUCUGUCCUUUUCUCACAUUUAUAUUUAUCAAAGGAAACUAGAUCUUUCCCAGUUUCCCUACAGUGUGUCAUCUUCACCAAUGAUUCACAGCAUACAAGGAUUUCAAUCCAGAGCAAAUAAAGAUAGCUAUAUUUUCUUUUAGAACCAUGAAUCCAGAGCCAUGGUCUUAGCCAUUUUGUAUCUACUGUUCUAACACUGAACUUAACAAUUCUGUAAAAGUGGUAUAAGGCAACAUCUGGCAGACAGGGGAUUGAUCAUGCUUGAAAAACUGUUAAUGCCUAGUUGCCUGAUACUAGAUGAAGUAGAUAGAAAGAAACACCUGUGGGAUUCAGGGUCACCUUUUGAUGGGAGUGAAUAAUUGUAGUAAAAAGCACAGAGGGGGCAGCAUAUGCUAUCAGUGUUCAAGACUGUGAUUGCUGAGUUCUAUUCUUGCCUCUCUACUAACUCCCUGCAUAACCUUGGUUAAGUUAUGCCCAUCUCUGUGCCCCCAUUUUCCACUAUGUACAUCAAACAACAAUAUAUAUAUUUCCCUACCUCACAGGGAUGUUGUGAGGCUCAAAUAAAUGUUAUAAAAUGUUUCAAGA